CCGGAAGUGUCCGGCAGCGCCUCCGGUGGCUGAAGUGUGUCAUCGCGCAGACCGAGCAGCUGCAGCAUGCAGGACUCCAAUAAACCUGGAGCCCACCUGACAGUGAAAAAGAUCUUUGUCAGUGGAAUCAAGGAGGACACAGAGGAGUAUCAUAUCAGACAGCACUUUGAGCGCUGUGGGAAGAUUCAGAUUACUGACAACUGGGAGCAAGAGAGGAUUCUGCUCCGUCACCUUUGAUGAUCACGAUACUGUGGAAAAAAUUUGUUGGUGCACAAAAAUAUCACACAAUCAACCCGCAUAACUGUGAAGUAAGAAAAGCACUUCCAAAGCAGGAGAUGCGAGCUGUUUCUAAUCAGAGAUAUCGAGGUGGAGGUAAUUUCAUGAGCAGAGGAGGAAACUUUGGCCGAGGUAACUUUGGUGGAGGCAAAGGAGGAGGAAAUUAUAACGAUUUUGGAAAUAACGCAGGACAACAGUCCAACUACGGCCCCAUGAAGGGAAAUAACUUUGGAGGAAGGAGCUCAGGACCUUACAGUGGUACAGAAAAUCCAGUACACUGCAUGCCACAUCAAAAGUGAAACCACUGUGUGUGAGCCUGAUCAUGUGCAUUGUUAUAUUUAGGUGGAUAUGGCUCUGGGGGAUAUUGUUUUUUUUUUAUUAUUUGAAGACGGUGAUGUCAGUGUCACAUGUAUUUUUAUAUAUUGUGAGUAUGUGUUGUGCAAUCUGAGUUACAUGAUAAACAGUAGAUUUUUUUUUUCAGAUCUGAGGGCAUGCAACAUGUUAAACCUGUAAAGAGAGAAGUCUAGAAACAAUUUUGACCAUUGAAAAAAAGAAACCAGCUGAAAUAAAGCUGUGUAGUAACUUGUCUAAUGAAGUUUAGUGCGUCAUUGAGUCUGAAAGCGAGUGCAGCUGUCCUGAGCACCUCGUAGAAAGGCCUCCAGGCCUAGACAGAUGAAGAUAUGGGCUCUCAGACUGGCAGAGCGAUCCCAGCCUCGACAGUGUGUCUCCAGAAAGCUAGCAUCUGUUUCAGUGAGACUAGCUGGUACCCCACGAGAGGAGCAGGUAAGAGUAACACUUCUGCUUAAUUCAAAGAUGGGAAAAGCAGCGCCUGGUCUACAGUAAGUAACUGAAUCAACGUCAAGAUUUUAUAGCCUUAAAAAAUGAAAGUGACUUCUGUGUGUGCUGUGCUUCAUACGUCUUAAGACUAUCAACAACAGACAAUGAACCCUUUUUGUCUGUGAAAUUUGGCUAAAAUUAACACAUGCAAAAUUUCACAUGCAAAGAAGGCUCAUUGUCACUAGUGUAGCAGUGAAUGAAGCAGCUUUAUAUUUGUCCAUGCAGAGAAUUUGCAUGUUUAAAGUUUCUCAGAUCCGUUGUGCAAUCCACAUGGGGAACACGUCCCACAAGUGAAAUUCCCAAUCAGG